AUGGAUCCCGAUGGAACACCGACACCUCGUCCGUUAGGCAGCGCAAUGGAACAGACUUUGACAGCGCCAUUAAAUAACACGAUAAAUUUCCUGGGAAAUGCACAGGGUACAGAUUCUGCUGUUGAUUUUGACCAAUUGUUGGAUGAAAAUACACGUGAAUGUACUAAAAUACUAAUGGAUCUCGCGAAAUCUGAAGUAUUGAAAUUUGGUUUUAAGAAAGUUGCCAAAAAGAACGAUUUUAUUCUCAUUGAAGAAGUUGGUGAUGCAUUUCGACAAUCAGGACAAAAUCCAUCAACAGAUACUGUUAAAGAUAUGAUUGACAAAGCAAAAAAUUUAAAACGCUCGAAUGAAAACGAAGAUACAUCUGAAGAAUUUGAUAAUAAACUAUCUAUAGCAGAUUUUCUUACUAUUGUUCAUGAAUAUUGGUUUCCAAUCGAAGAAGAUAAAGAACAAUUACAAGAAGCAUUUGACAUACUGGAUCCAGAUAGAAAAAGUAAAUUAUUUGUUGAGGACUUUAAAUCAUUAUUGAAAAAUUGUGAUUGGCCAGAUGAUGAAAUUGAUUUAAUUCUAUCCACAGUCAGUUGUGCUGAUGGUUACUUUCUAUAUGACGAUUUGAUGAAAUUGUUGAUGACUCCUGUUGAAUUACCAAAGAAAAAGUCAGCAAAAGCCAGCGGAAAAGCAAAGAAAAAAGCUUAG